GCUCUUCCCCACCACCAUACUAGCUCCGUCUGAGCAUACCUCCCAGCCAAAUGUCUGGUCGACCACUGUGAACGCGAUCAGAAAGUGGUGCGAUGUCGGCAAGCCACAGGUCCCAGAAGGCCAAGGACAAGGCCAAGGACACGACCAAUGGCAUUGUCUACGACAUCUUCCUGUGGAUCUUCAACGUUGUCGUUGAGCUCUUCUUUCGCGAGAUUCACCCCCGGUCAUCAUGGCGCAUACCAAAGACCGGACCAGUCAUCUUCGUGGCAGCGCCUCACGCCAAUCAAUUCGUCGACCCGCUGCUCCUCAUGCGUGUGGUCAGACACGAUGCGCACCGCCGCAUUGCCUUCUUGGUGGCGGAGAAGAGUAUGCGGCGGAGGUUCAUAGGCUUCAUGGCAGGCUUGGUGGGAUCAGUGCCUGUUGGACGGGCUUUGGAUAUGAAGAAGCCUGCACAGGGCACGAUUUAUUUGCCAGAUCCAGAGGGCGAUCCAUGUCUGAUUCAAGGCAACGGCACAGACUUCACAAGUGAUCAAUUCAUGAAGGGCGGGCUUCUCGUGCUACCCAGCGUGAACAAUACAUCAGCCAAUACCGAAAUCGAAGAGGUUAUUAGUGCUACAGAGAUCAGAUUGAAGAAGCCGUUCAAAGGCGAUGUAGCACUGAAACAGUUGACUGGAAAGCCGUUGGACAGUGGUAGUACGGACGGCGUGGACGAGAAUUUUGUAGGUGUCAAGUUCAGUGUGGCACCACACGUUGACCAGUCUUCUGUGUACAACGAAGUCUUCAGUCAUCUCCAUCGAGGAGGCUGUAUCGGUAUCUUCCCUGAGGGAGGCAGUCACGAUCGGACUGAGCUUCUUCCACUCAAGCCUGGCCUGGCCAUCAUGGCACUUGGCGCUCUGGAGAGGGAUCCACACUGCAAUGUGAAAAUCGUGCCCGUGGGCAUGAACUAUUUCAAUGCACACAAAUUUCGUUCGCGGGCCGUCAUUGAGUUUGGCGCUCCUAUAGAGAUCGAGCCCGAACUUGUCGAGCAGUAUAGCAGUGGCCGAAAACGCGACGCGGUGGGUACCGUCCUUGAUCGCGUUCAUGACGCGCUCUCUGCUGUCACAGUACAAGCACCCGACUAUGAGACUUUGAUGCUGGUGCAGGCAGUCCGAAGACUUUACAAUCCAAAAGGACGACCUCUCCCUCUCCCGACUGUCGUGGAGCUCAAUCGCCGACUAAUCAAGGGUUACCAAAAGUUCAAGGGUGAUCCGAAGAUUAUCAAGCUGAAAGAUGACAUUCUGGGCUACAACCGGGCUCUCUUCAGAUUGAAUAUUCGCGAUCACCAAGUGUCUUACGCCAAGUUUCCGAUCUGGAAAGUGGUAUACUUGCUCAUCUACAGAUCGCUCAAAGUGAUCGUGCUUGGGCUCGGCGCGCUUCCCGGUGUCAUCCUCUUCUCGCCAGUUUUCAUUCUCGCAAAGCUCAUCUCAAUACAGAAAGCCCGAGAAGCACUGGCUGCAUCUACGGUCAAAGUCAAGGCACGAGAUGUGGUCGCGACGUGGAAAAUUCUGGUUUCUUUGGCGCUAACCCCAGCUCUGGACCUCUUUUAUACGAUUGUUGCAACUGCAUGGACUUACAAGAACAAUAUCAGAGGGUUAGUCCCGACUUGGGUCCCGGUGUGGCUCGUGUUCGUCAGCGCGCUCAUAUUCUUCCCGGCCAUCUGCUUCGCAGCUUUACGUGUUGGCGAAAUUGGAAUGGACAUACUCAAAUCGCUCAGACCAUUGUUACUCUCGGUCAACCCAACCUCCACCAACACCUUGGUCAGACUGAGGGAAGACCGUAAAGAGCUGCAACAGAGAAUCAACGAUGUCAUCAAUGAGUUGGGCCCUCAAUUAUAUCCAGACUUUGACCAUAAUCGCAUCGUCAACGACCCCACGCACCCUCUCCACUCCCCUGAACGAUCGAGACCUGGCACCCCCACUCGUCGGCAUCGCUAUGACGGGAGCGGCGAGUUUGACGCUCUCCAGUUCACCAAAUCCAGCCCAACACAGCAUCAAGGAUCAUUCAGUCGCGCGGCCACCAACCUGCCUCGGAAUGAGUCGUUCAAGAACAUCGGAUCUAUCGGCAUGUUUGCAUCACGACCUUCCACGCCGAACCGUAGCCGCAGUCGAGCUGGCAGUGGAUCGGGAGGCUUCGGGUUUGGGCUUGGCACGGGAUUGGGCUUCACGUCUAUCGAGUCCAAUAGUUCGAAGGCGAACCUGGAAGAGGUUUCGAAAAACCUUCACGAAGCAAUGCGGGAGCGGGGGAGAAGACGCCGAGAGAGCGAAAGCGAUGGGUGGGUCAUUGAGCGUGAUGAUCACAGUGACGAUGGUAGCUCUGAGCUUGGCGAGAUGGAGCUGGAGCCGAAGAAGAUGGUGUAGGAUAUGGGACGUUUCAUAGUAAGCUGUCUGUCAUUAUUUCAUGGUGAGCGUUUCGUACUAGUAGCGACAAGAGACUUUGGAAGGUUCAGACACGAGUGUCUCCGAUUUUGGCUGUCGAACUUUAUAUCCAUAGAAGUAGUAUCAGGUAUGUAUUGUUCAACUCCAAUUUGCCCGAGAAGCAGAUUCAGUCUUCAGAAUC